AUGGCGGUGUCCGACCAACACCGGGUUACACACAUUGUCCUGUUUCGUUAUCACCCUUCGAUACCCUGGACCGAACUGGAACACCACUUCGCCGAGUUGGCCAAACUGAAGUCAACAUGUCUCAAGCCCGCUGUCACAGGAAACCCAUAUAUGCUGUCGAUGUCCAUGGGCAAGAAUAGCAGUUGGGAAAAUUUCGGAAAGGGCAUGACGCACUGUAUCGUCCUGGAAUUUGCUAGUGUCGAGGAUAGAGACUUUUACCUCCUGGAGGAUCCAAUCUCCGGAGCACCGUACACUUGUAACUACAUCAUCCCCAUCGAGGAUUUGGUGGUAUCCCAAGGCGGCCGCGAACGUCUCGGGGUUUAUGAAUACCAGGGGGCGAGUGGGAAAACCGUCUCAUGUUACUAUUGCAAAAAGUGCACGAGUCACAUCUACCAUGUGCAGCAACGGGAUCCAAGCAAAGCGAUUGUGCGGACUCUGCUUCUCGACUGCGGGAAUGUCAUGGGUGCAAGCGGGGAGAUCUUCAGUGAAGGCGCGUUGGGAUGGGUUCGAGACUUGCGAGCCGCCCUGCAGGCUUGA